GAAGAAGAAAGGUGCCACUUUGGCAUGAAGACAGACUCACUUAGUCGUCGGUCUUUUAAGCUGAGUGCAUUGUGAUUUCCAAUAAUUGAGGCAGUGGUUCUAAAAGCUGUCUACAUUAAUGAAAAGAGCAAUGUGGCCAGCUUGACUAAGCCGCCAGUGUGCACAGCGUGGGCAGGACGGCACCGGGUCUCGACGGACUUGUGCAUGUUAGCUGUAGAUUUAUGUAAGGUGUUUUAAAACUGGUCUUUUAAAAUAGUCUUAACUGCUUUUAAUAUGGAGACAUAUGAGAGUCCCUCUCCUCUCCCGCGUGAGCCCGCAGGAGAAGCGAUGAAGGAGAACAGAGCUUGCCCCUUCCAAGUGCUGCCCCGUGAACAGUCUCCACCACCUCCCCUGCAAACGUCCAGUGAUGCAGAGGUAAUGGACGUUGGCUCUGGUGGUGAUGGACAGUCCGAACCCCCUGCUGAGGACCCAUUCAACUUCUACGGAACUUCUCUUCUCUCCAAAGGAUCCUUCUCUAAGGGCCGCCUCCUCAUAGACCCGAACUGUAGUGGCCACAGCCCACGCACCGCCCGGCACGCACCUGCGGUCCGGAAAUUCUCCCCUGACCUUAAGUUGCUUAAAGAUGUAAAGAUUAGUGUGAGUUUUACUGAGAGCUGCAGGAGUAAGGACAGGAAGGUGCUGUACACAGGAAUAGAGCGCAGCACUCGGGCCGAAUGUGGCCUGCUCCUUAGUCCUGUCAGUGGGGACGUGCAUGCUUGUCCCUUUGGCGGGAGUAUUGGUAAUGGGGUAGGCAUAGGGGGUGAGAGUGCAGAUAAGAAGGAUGAGGAGAAUGAGCUGGAUCAGGAAAAGAGAGUGGAGUAUGCAGUGCUCGAUGAGUUAGAAGAUUUUACUGACAAUUUGGAGCUAGAUGAAGAAGGAGCAGGCGGGUUCACGGCUAAAGCAAUCGUUCAAAGAGAAAGAGUGGAUGAAGAGGCCUUGAAUUUCUCCUAUGAGGAUGACUUUGACAAUGAUGUGGAUGCUCUAUUGGAAGAAGGCCUUUGUGCUCCCAAAAAGAGGCGAAUAGAAGAAAAAUAUGGAGGAGACAGUGACCAUCCAUCUGAUGGAGAGACAAGCGUGCAGCCAAUGAUGACUAAGAUUAAAACAGUGCUUAAAAGUCGUGGCCGCCCCCCUACAGAGCCGUUGCCUGAUGGGUGGAUCAUGACCUUCCAUAAUUCUGGAGUUCCUGUGUACCUGCACAGAGAAUCUCGGGUGGUCACUUGGUCCAGACCCUACUUCUUGGGAACAGGAAGCAUACGGAAACACGAUCCUCCUCUGAGUAGCAUCCCAUGUCUACAUUAUAAAAAAAUGAAGGACAAUGAAGAACGAGAACAAAGCAGUGAGCUUACCCCCAGUGAAGAAGUAUCUCCUGUCAAGCCCCUGGUUCGAUCAGCAGAGUUGGAGUUCCCCCUUGAAGAAACAGAUUCUGUGGGUGUGGACUCAGGGCCCCCAGAUGAGAAAGAUGCUCUGGGAGCCGAGGCAGCCCCUGGAGCCCUGGGACAAGUAAAAGCCAAAGUUGAAGUGUGCAAAGAUGAAUCUGUUGAUCUGGAGGAAUUUCGAAACUACCUGGAAAAGCGUUUUGAUUUUGAGCAAGUAACUGUUAAAAAAUUCAGGACUUGGGCUGAGCGGCGACAGUUCAACCGUGAGAUGAAGCGGAAGCAGGCUGAAUCAGAGAGGCCCAUUCUGCCAGCCAACCAAAAGCUCAUCACCUUAUCUGUGCAGGAUGCACCCACAAAGAAAGAGUUUGUUAUUAAUCCCAAUGGGAAAUCGGAGGUCUGUAUCCUGCACGAGUACAUGCAGCGUGUCCUCAAGGUCCGCCCUGUUUAUAACUUCUUUGAAUGUGCUCGAGCCACGCUGGAAAUCCUCAUACCUGACUUUGUUAAACAGACCUCUGAGGAGAAGCCCAAAGACAGUGAAGAACUGGAGUAUUUUAACCACAUCAGUAUCGAGGACUCAAGAGUCUAUGAGCUGACCAGCAAGGCUGGGCUGUUGUCUCCAUAUCAGAUUCUCCACGAGUGCCUUAAACGAAACCAUGGAAUGGGUGACACAUCUAUCAAGUUUGAAGUAGUUCCUGGGAAAAAUCAGAAGAGUGAAUAUGUCAUGGCAUGCGGCAAACACACAGUGCGCGGAUGGUGUAAGAAUAAAAGAGUUGGGAAACAAUUAGCCUCUCAGAAAAUCCUUCAGCUGCUGCACCCACAUGUCAAGAACUGGGGGUCUUUACUGCGCAUGUAUGGUCGUGAGAGCAGCAAAAUGGUCAAACAGGAAACCUCAGACAAGAGUGUAAUUGAACUACAGCAAUAUGCCAAGAAGAAUAGACCCAACCUCCACAUCUUGAGCAAACUGCAGGAGGAGAUGAAGAGGCUGGCUGCAGAACGAGAGGAAACUCGGAAGAAGCCCAAAAUGUCAAUUGUGGCUUCUGCGCAGCCUGGUGGUGAGCCUCUGUGCACUGUGGAUGUGUGAGGUAGGCGACACUAGUGGGGUACAGGGGCUGCCAGCAAUGCUGCCUGGGAGACCACCAGCCACAACCGUUCACUGCAGCAUCGGGACUCCAACCUAAGUUCCUUCCCUGAGGUGCAGUGCAUCUGGGCUCAGGCCCUGGUCUGUGGGGACAGUUGUGACAAUACACAUGUCAAGCAACAGUUCUCCCUGGAAGCUGCCUCAUCAGGCUGGAUACAUUUAAGGAUCAACUUCGAGUGACUGCAUAAUUGGAAGCUGAUAGUCAGCUAUAGACCCUGCUCAUAUCUAUCUGCUGCAGACUGUUUUUAUGAAAGUUUUCAUGAAUUUUAGUACAUAAUAUGCACUGACAAGAAAUACUUGGAUAACAGAUGAGAUAAUAAGGCCAAAUCCUAUGGUUCUGGUGGACUGUGAUGCCAGGUGGCUCCUUUGCCCAUACUCCUUUGGAGCCACUGUUGGGACAGAAGGUCCCUUAUCAUCUGCCUUCUGCCCCCCCCCCCCUUUUUUGAGAAAAAGUUAAAAUGAGGAGUAUUCAGAUAAUUUUGACUUAAAUAAAAUUUUAGCACCAGUAAAUACUCUUCACAUUUCAGGCAGACCAUCAAGGUGUUUGCAUCCCUUGCUGUGAGCCAUGUUAUCAGUGAGGAGGACAUCCAGCUAGUCUCCUGAUGUGUCAAGAUGGCUGCUGGGCUGCAGUCCACUUUUCUGAUCAAGUCUUAAAGCCCUAACAGCCGCCUUCCAGGACACUGAGGCCCUUGCCUUUGCUGAUCUCUGGCAAGUUUUUUUACAAAGAUUUUUGCACAAUUGAGUUCGUCUGCCCACUCAUGAAUUUUUAAAGCUUUUCUGAUAUUUUAGAAUUUGGAAAGAAACUUUUACAGUGAAAGAAGAUAGAUUUGAAAUCAUGCAUUUUAGCAAGUAUACUUGCUUAAAAAGGAACAAAUCCUUCACUGCAGUGUCAUUGGUUAGGAGCUAGCUGAGCACUGGUUGGUGAAUGUUCGGCAUCCUAGUGAGUGGCCUCCCUAGGUUUCAAGGGUAAUUGCCCUGUACAGUCAGACCUAGUGCCCAGCUAGGUCCUCACUGGAUGUACCCUAUGGAUGGGUGUGAGUAAAGGUCUAUUCUUGCCUGAGUCUAGGGCACAUGAAUAUGUUCAGGCCCUGGUGAUAGUAGCCAGCUUUUUUGGCCCAAUUCCCAGCACCUGUUCUGGGGCUGUGCGCUCACAUAUGGGGCACCAUUAGCCUAGCAGUAGGCUCCAUCCCCAUGUUCCCUACUGUCUUGUCUCCCACUGUACCCUGCAGGUAGUUUUGAUGGCGUUGUCAGGAAGACAUAGAAUGUUGGCUGUGGACCACCCACAGCAUAUCCUUCCCUUACCCACCUGUGUGACAGAGGUUGGCUUCUGUGUUAACUUGGGGGGAAAAAAAUCAAGUUGCUGUAAUAACA